GCGCUGCGUAUAGCAGCAUCAUGAAGUCUGGUGGCCUCCUACUGCUGGCGGGGCUCUUGGCCCUCUGGGCUGGGCCUCAGCCCGUGUCUGCACAGACCCACCACGUGAAAUAUGGGGAGUGCCCCCGUGUCCUUGGCACUGGAGCGGCUGGACACCGUGAAUACUACUGCGGCACGGACCAGGACUGCCCUGGGAGCGAGCGCUGCUGCCCAACCAUCUACGGCGGCAGGAAGUGCAUGCUCCCAAUUGGAGCGAAGCCUGGCUUCUGCCCCAGGUACAACUCCAGCCUGAUCACCAUCUGCCUGGCGGAGUGCGGCAGUGACAGCGACUGUCGGGGACAUGAGAAGUGCUGCGUCAGAGGCUGCCACGCGCACUGUACGAAGCCUGUGCCAGCUAAACUGGGCGUCUGCCCCCAGAAAAAAGUGCUGCAAACCUUCGCCCCCUGUGACAACAAGUGCGUGGAUGACACAGACUGCCCGUUCAAUCUGAAAUGCUGCUUCACGGGCUGCGGGCUCGAUUGCCUGCCCCCCAAGCGAGGGCAGCCCGCAGAGUGACCAGGAGCCGGACAGCUUGAGAGCUGAGCUUUGCGGCCAUGGACCCUCCCACUGCCACCCAGCCCCGUGGAUCCACACACCAGCGUGAUGCAUGAAGCCCCAUAGCCAGGGCCUGACGUCUCCCCUUCCCAGCCCCCGGUGGUGUCGGCUCCUUCCUCCUGGCAAUAAAGACCCCUUGGACUGGC